GAUUUAAAAUAGAAUUAAGGCAAGGCAUAUGAUGAGGAAUUUUUCAAAAACAUAUGUGCUCAUGCUAAAGCAAGGAAUUUCUUGUGGUUGAGGCCAUCCAAAAUUCAAGAAAUGCUAAACCCAAAUCCAUAAUCUUGCGGCUGAUGAAUUCUGCAAAGCAACGUAGCUCUUCCUCAAUGUCGUACAAAUACGUAACACCACCUAUUUCCACCUCUACUCAUGGCGUCUCGGCCGUUUCUCAUCUCUUUAGCAAUUUCCACCUUCUUCACCAGCUCUUUUGCUUGCACAUUUGUGAUCACCAACAGCUGCCCUUUCACGAUAUGGCCCGGCACCCUGUCCGGUUCAGGCACACCGCCUCUCCCGGCAACGGGGUUCCAAUUGGAUUCCGGCCAGAGCAUCACCAUUCCGACUACUCCGGGAUGGUCUGGCCGGAUGUGGGCCAGAACCGGCUGCACAUUUGAUGUGACCGGUUCUGGCUCAUGCCAAACCGGAGAUUGCGGUGGUAGGCUAGAAUGCAACGGCAUUGGGGCCACGCCACCAGCAUCCCUCUUCGAGAUAACCCUGGGCGUCGGAGACCAAAAGGACUUCUACGACGUCAGCAUUGUCGACGGCUACAACCUGCCGCUAGCUGCUGUACCAAGACAUGGCGGAUGCAACGCCACCGGCUGCGUACAAGACAUCAACAUGGGUUGCCCUAAAGAGCUUCAGGUGAUUGGCAACGAGGGAGGGGAAGGCGGCGGCGUGGUGGCGUGCAAGAGCGCGUGUGAAGCGUUCGGGCUGGACCAGUACUGCUGCAGUGGGGAGUUUGCGAACCCGACGACGUGCCGGCCGUCUUUCUAUUCAGGGAUCUUCAAGAGAGCUUGCCCAACAGCUUACAGCUAUGCAUUUGAUGAUGGAACCAGCACCUUCACAUGCAAGGCCUCACUCUACAACAUUAUAUUUUGCCCUAAUAGUGGGAUGAGGAUAAUAGAUGGUGGAUUGCAAACUCCAGCUGUUGAAGAAAGAAGAACUAGCAAUAAUUCUAGGGAUGUUUCAACAUCAUCGUCAUCAACUAUGAACAUUAAAUCUUUACAAGCAUUGAUAACUCAUAUUGUCUUGUUUACUUUAUGUUAUUGGCUUGUUUGAUGAUUUCCUCCUAACAAAGCUAUUCCCAAUCAAGUCGGAUCCCCAAUUGUGUUGU